UUGACAAGAGAUUCCAAGAUUAAUAUAUCGUUUUUGCACUAACUUCAGUUGGGAUUCAUGUUACGCAUCACCUACUGAAGGGUGGCUCUAUCAUUUUGUAACCAAACUUCCGAUCCACCAGCAGCCCAUUUUGCUUCAUACAAAAUGUUUCCAGUUGUUGCGCUGCCUUUAUCACCACAAUCAUAUAUCUAUACACAUGAACAAAAUCGUCACAAUUUUAUUUAACUCCGAUCGACUCUCAAUAAUCAUUAACUCCGACAUUCUAGCUAGCUAGGGUUAAAAAAAUUGUCAAUGUCAUUAAUUUUGUUGUAAAAAAACAAAAUGAGGCCCAAAACGCAGAACCCUCUCAACCUGAAGCUUCUCCUCAUCAUAGUGAUCACAUCAUCUCUCAUCCUCUUCUUCACUCUGAAAUUAACCCUACCGUCAGCUUCUCCAUCUCCGAGUUUGCAGUCGUCGAGGAAAGCGAAAGGCGGCGCGAGGUGCUCCCCGGCAAAAAUCCCGACGUCCGUAGCUCAGGCACUGGUGCACUACACGACCUCGAGCAUCACCCCUCAGCAGACGCUCAAGGAGAUCUCCGUCACGUCGAAGAUCCUGGACAGGAGAUCGCCGUGCAACUUCCUGGUGUUCGGGCUGGGGCACGACAGCCUGAUGUGGCACUCUCUGAACCACGGCGGGCGCACCGUGUUCCUGGAGGAGGACGCGGCGUGGAUCGAGCAGAUCCGGCGGCGCUUCCCCAUGCUGGAGUCGUACCACGUGGCGUACGGCAGCAGGGUGAGCGAGGCGCGCGACCUCAUGCAGGUGGGGAGGGGGCCGGAGUGCACCGCCGUGGCCGAUCCCAGGUACUCCAUGUGCCAGCUGGCGCUCAAGGGCUUGCCCCCCCUCGUCUACGGCGUCCACUGGGACCUCAUCAUGGUGGACGCCCCCACUGGCUACUACGACGACGCGCCCGGCCGGAUGGCGGCCAUCUACACGGCCGGGAUGAUGGCCAGGAACCGCGUCGGAGGGGAGACGCAUGUGUUCGUGCAUGAUGUGAAUAGGGAGGUGGAGGAUCAGUUUUCGCGGGAGUUUCUUUGUGAGGGCUAUAUGAGGAAACAAGAGGGGAGGCUCAGGCAUUUUCUUAUUCCCACUCAUAGAGAUGAUGCCAACACACCCUUUUGCCCUACAACCACUUGAUUACCAUCACUUCUUGUUUUUGUUUUUUUCACUCUCUCCGUCCCAAACGAAAUGUCCUGUUUCCUUUUUUGACAAUACACUCUCUCUCUAUACUUAAUAUUUAAAUAAUUUCCACCAA